UGCAAAACUGCGCGACAGAGUGGAAAAAAUUCCGCGAACACGUCAAACGAGUGCGCGCGAGAGGAUAUAAGCGAGGGUGAAUGGCAAUUUAGAUGGCAAACACGAAUAACGCUUCGACUAAAUUGCGGGCUGUUUGAAAAAACAGCUUGUGCACGUGUGCAGCUCUUCAAGCUCCGCGCGAUGUCGCGAGCUGUCGCGUGUGUGUUUUCGCGAUUUUACAUCGAUAAUUGUACUGCGUCGCGCGGUUGCGUUCGUAUGUGUUCACUCUGACUCAGCCGAACUGCGCCUUGUCGUCUAUGUAUAGGUAAAUGAUGAGUUUAUAAGGGCUGUCAUUCUUCCGCGGAAAUCUCGAUGAUAAGAUCCUUUUCGGAGAUACAAACGAGUUUAAUCCAGCGAUCGAUGAGCGGCUCGCGAGUGGGAUCAUCCUCUGCGCAGAGCCAAUGAGAUAAUAAUUGCGGCUUGAUACGUCGCCGAAAGUCAAAGCGGGAUCGCUAAGGUCGCAAUAAAGGCUCAUCAGGAAGUGUAUGUAUAACACCCCCUCGCGCGAGUAGGCAUCGGCAUAAACAAACGUCCAGUAGUGUCCGCAGCAAACACACAGACACACGUCAUGCGCACGAGGUGCGCGCGCUGCUGAAGAUUAAUCGCUCACGUGUGUGUGUGUGUGUCUGUAGGCAGCCAACGGGACACACCGUCGCCUAUAGCCCUGCGACUGUCUCUCAUCGCUGGCGUUAGUCCGCAUUCGCCAGAGGGAAGGAGAUCAAGUGGACCGACGACAGAUUACAGGCUAUACUCCUGCUGGACAUUUGUUCCGGUUGUAGCUGUAUACGCGUGUAUAGACAGAGGAACCGCCGAUGCUUCACGAUAGAUCAUUUUUUAUUUGCGCUUACACUUUGCCGCGCUGACUUUGACCGAUCGGCGAGCGGUUUGUUUUUUCCCCCGGGUUUCAUCUCCCGCGUAGGCGUUGACUUUUUCCCGCUACUGAUACAGAUUAUACAUUUUUCUUCUUCUUGUUUCUUCUUCCGGUGUAUUACGCGCGAAGACACUCGGCUAUCGGUAUAACAGGACACGAAUUUAAUGAGUCGAUGUGAAAUUGACAAGGACGUGCCCGAGCAUCGCUCGACGGAAUUAAGUAAAUAACAUGAUAAUGCCGAGGACGAGAGAUACAUGCAAACCAUAGCAUAAUGAGGUCGUACCACAUCGAGCCUGCGAAGACGACGGAUCAGGCCGUUCAGUUACCGGUAUGGACGAUCACCAAGAGGUCACUCGCCAACACCUCGGAAUUGAGGUCGUCAAAGAUCGACUCGUCGCCGAAGCGCGGAAGGUACGAAUCGCUCAAGAUGGACUCGCUGCCGGCUGACGUGUCGAGACCAAGCGCCUCGAAUUCCGGCGCCAAUCUCGUCGAGAGCACGAGGAGCUUCCAUUGCGCGCUUCGGCCGAUCAUCAUUUUGGCCCAGUGCUUCGCUGUUUUUCCGGUCAGCGGAGUCAGGUCGCCCGACGCGACGCAUCUCAAAUUCACGUGGCGAAGCUUCAAGAUCCUCUACUGCUGCCUGUCGACGUUAGGAUCGAUCGUCCUCAUGUUUUUUAGUGUAUACCGUUUGGCCACUACCACCAUCAGUUCCAACAAAACAAUCGGGAAACUCGCAGGCAAUCUCGUGUUCUCCCUCACGGCGGGGAUAACGACGCUGCUGUUCCUGAAGCUGGCGCGUCAAUGGCCCAGCUUCGCCGUCUCCUGGGAAAACAUGGAGCGAGAACUGGCCACGAGGCACAACCCGCGACGCUCGUCCGGAAUCAACCUCGCCACCAAAUUCAAGAUCCUCAGCGUCGUCGUUAUGGUCUUCGCGCUUGUGGAGCACACCCUGUCGAUUUUGUCCGGAUACGUUAGCGCAGUCGAGUGUGCCAGUCUCCGCGGCGAUAAGGACAUCAUGGCCACGUAUUUCGCUCUGCAAUUUCCACAAAUGUUCACCGAUUCCAAUUACACGCUGUGGAAAGGACUCAUCGUGCAAUUCGUCAAUUUUCUCAGUACUUUCUCCUGGAAUUUCAUGGACCUCUUUCUCAUUCUCGUCAGCGUCGCCCUCACCGAUCAGUUUAGACAGCUGAAUCAGAGACUUUACUCGAUCAGGGGAAAGCACUGUUUCAAUGUAAAGGCAAUGCCGGAAUGGUGGUGGGCCGAGGCUCGGAUCGAUUUUAAUCGACUGGCUACGAUGACUCGCCGCGUCGACUCCCAGAUCUCCGACAUCGUACUUCUCUCCUUCUCGACGAAUCUCUACUUUAUCUGCAUUCAACUGCUCAACUCAUUCAAGCCAAUGCCAAACGCAAUCCAGACGGUUUACUUCUGUUUUUCUUUCGGCUUCUUACUGUCGCGGACAUCGGCGGUUUCGCUCUACGCAGCUACGGUCCAUGACGAAUCACUUUUGCCUGCUCCGAUAUUGUACAGUGUUUGCAGUGCAAGUUACUCGACAGAAGUUCGAAGAUUUCUCACCCAAGUGACGACAGACAACAUCAGUCUCACCGGGAUGAAGUUCUUCAGCAUAACGCGCAGCCUCAUACUGACCGUAAGUACGUUUGUCGCUGGAACGAUCGUCACCUACGAGCUGGUCCUCGUGCAGUUCAACGCCGUCCAAGCUGAGCAUCAACAGAGCGAGUCGAACAUCACGAAGGUUUGCGAGCAUGUGAUAGUGACAUGAUGCUUAGGAUUUAUCGCCGUCAUUCACCCGGAUCUUGUUUCUUUGAGUUUUGCUACAUGAAAUCAUGGUCAAUAAAAUCGAAAAGAUUAAAGAAAAAAA